AUGAUAUCUUGGGAGGUGUUCCGAACUGAGUUAUAUCGGAAAUAUUUUCCUAGUUCUGUCAAAAAUGCAAAGGAGCUUGUGUUGCUGCAGUUAAAGCAGGGUCAGAUGUCUGUUGCUGAGUAUACGAACAAAUUCGAAAAACUGUGCCGAUUUUUGCGAAUCUGUCAAGGUGCUCUGGAGGAAUUUGCUGAGUGGAAAUGUAUUAAGUACGAGGGAGGACUUCGAAGUGACAUUUUGAGCUCCGUUAGACCGAUGGAGAUUAGAGUUUUUUCUGAACUUGUGAAUAAGAGCCAAAGAGCUGAAGAAUGUGUAAGAAAGGCAGUUGUGGCAGAGAAUGAUAACCGAGAGUCCUGCCGAAGAGACCACCAUCAGAACUUGGUACCAAAGAGUCAAGAAUUCAAGAGGACUGGGAACUACCGUCUAGAUAGGCAGCAUAAAAACAAGCAAGGUUUGUGUUACCGGUGCAGAUCACCAGGGCAUAUGGUUAGGGACUGUUCUAGUCUACGUGGGAGGACUCAUGAUGCAGAUCGAUCACAACCACAAGGUUAA